AAGGACGUCUCUGGCACGUUUCUCGACAAACAUAUGCGCCUUACAGUACACCGCCAAUUCAGCAGAUCGAUACCCGAAUCGGACAAAAAAAAAAACGAACGGAAAAAAAUAAACAGUCUCUCUUAUUUUUCUCUCUCUGUGUGUUAAUGUGUAUGUGAUGAGCGAGCAAGUCACGGAUCGAAUCUACGGUUCGUGUUAGUUAAUUAACAAAGAAAUUAAUUGACGAAAGACAGGAAAAGCAAUCGUCAUGCCCCGAACAACAGUGGUUCCCAAUUAUGAUUGUUUAUCAACAAUAAUCAAGGCUGCUACAACAUCAUCAUUAUCAUCAUCGUCUUCAAUUUUGAGGUGCAUUUUUCUGCUGUAAUUAGGGUUUCAAGGGACAAUGUGCAGAGGAUGUGUUUGUUUGAAUCGAUUCUAAUUAAGUUUUCUCUACGUGGAAAUAAAGUGGCGGCAGCAGCACCAACUGAUUAAGAGCCGGCGAUUUUGGCUAUGGCAGCGUCCCCUGUGAAAUUCUUGUUUGGAUUUUUGGUGAUCUCUAUCACAUUAUGGAUGCUCUUCAUAUUUGCCUCUAGGUUGCUGGCUUGGAUUUUAAGCCGGAUUGUUGGAGCAUCUGUUGGAUUUCGCGUUGGUGGAUGGAAAUGUUUGCGGGAUGUUGUUGUGAAGUUCAAAAAGGGUGCUGUUGAAUCUAUAUCAGUUGGUGAAAUUAGACUCAGCUUACGCCAGUCUUUGGUCAAGCUUGGGGCUGGUUUUCUCUCCAGGGAUCCAAAACUACAAGUGUUAAUAUGCGAAUUGGAAGUUGUAAUGAGGCCUUCCAGCAAAGGCUCACAGAAAACAAAAACUCGAAGGCCUCGGUCACGUAAUUCAGGUUCAGGUCGGGGGAAGUGGAUGGUCCUAGCUAAUAUAGCAAGAUUUCUGUCAGUUUCAGUUACAGAUUUGGUUGUAAAGACAUCGAGAGCAAUGCUAGAAGUUAAGGAAUUGAAAUUGGAUAUUACCAAAGAUGGUGGAUCCAAGCCAAAUCUAUUUGUUAAGCUGCACAUAUUACCUAUUGUUAUUCACAUGGAUGAACCACGUGCUAAUUUGGAUCAGUCUUCCAACUUUGACAAUGGCGGCUGCAUUUCUGCUGGCGAGACAUCAUAUAGUACAAUAGAAGCGCCUCCUGCUUCGUUCAACUGUGAAGAAUUUUCAUUGUCUUGUGAAUUUGGCCAUGAUAAGGAAGUAGGUGUAAUCAUCCGGAAUGUGGAUGUUACCAGCGGGGAGGUUACUGUGAACCUGAAUGAGAAAUUACUUUCAAAAAAGAAGAGUUCAGAUGCUUCUUCUCAGACAGAUAAAAUGGUAGUCAGUUCUGCUGCUGCUAAAGAUCCACACAGAAAACAAUCAGCACUUGUUUCAAUUAUUAAGUGUGCUUCUAUUUUUCCUGAAAAGGUUUCCUUCAGUUUACCAAGAUUGGAUGUGAGGUUUGUUCAUCGAGAGCAUAAUCUUGUUAUUGAGAAUAAUAUCAUGGGUGUCCAAUUCAAGAGCAUCAAAUCUCGAUGCACUGAAGAUGUGGGAGAGAGUACUCGUCUCGAUGUUCAGAUGGAUUUCAGCGAGAUACAUCUUCUCAGAGAAGCUGGUACUUCUAUAAUGGAGAUACUGAAGGUUGCUGUCAUCUCUUUCAUUUACAUUCCGAUACAACCAACGUCACCAGUCAGAGCUGAAAUAGAUGUUAAGCUGGGAGGUACGCAAUGCAAUAUUAUAGCGAGUAGAUUAAAGCCAUGGUUGCAACUCCACUAUUCAAAGAAGAAAAAAAUGGUACUUCGAGAGGAAAUUCCUACUGUUGCAAAGCCACAAUCAACUGAAUUUAAAGCAAUCAUGUGGACAUGUACUGCCUCAGCUCCAGAAAUGACUGUUGUGCUAUACAGUAUAAGCGGAUUGCCUUUAUAUCAUUUCUGUUCGCAGUCUUCGCAUGUGUUUGCAAAUAACAUAUCAAGCAUGGGAACUGCAAUACAUUUGGAAUUUGGUGAACUAAACUUGCACAUGGCAGAUGAAUAUCAAGAAUGCUUGAAAGAAAGCCCAUUUGUUGUGGAAUCAAAUUCAGGUGCUUUGGUUCAUAUAGCAAGGGUAAGUCUGGAUUGGGGCAAAAAGGAUAUUGAAUCAUCUGAAGAGGACAGUGCAAGGUGCAAAUUAGCUCUCUUUGUUGAUGUGACCGGGAUGGGUAUUUAUUUCAACUUCAAGCGUCUAGAAUCUCUAAUAAUAACAACUAUUUCCUUUCAAACUCUCUUUAAAAGUAUAUCUAGUUCGGGUAAAAGAACAUCUCAGGGCCGAGGUGGACGGCCAUCUAAACCAUCAGGGAAAGGGAUUCAAGUAUUAAAAUUUAAUUUAGAAAGGUGCUCAGUAAAGUUUUCUGGCGAAACAAGCUUGGACAAUGCAGUUGUUGCUGAUCCUAAGCGUGUCAAUUAUGGAUCACAGGGUGGUCGAGUUGUAGUUAGCUUCUUAGAUGAUGGAACACCACGUAAUGCAAGUGUGAUGUCCACAGUUGGUGAUUGCAAAGUGUUGAAGUAUUCACUCUCUCUUGACAUUUUCAAUUUCACUUUGUGCGCGAACAAGGAGAACCAAUCUACAGAGCUGGAGCUUGAAAGAGCACGGUCUAUUUAUCAGGAAUUUUUGGAGGAACACAGAGUUGAUACAAAAGUAACAUUGUUUGACAUACAGAAUGCAAAAUUCAUGAGGCGCUCUGGUGGUCUUAAAGGGAUUUCUAUUUGCUCUCUCUUUAGUGCUACUGAUAUUACAAUCAAGUGGGAGCCUGAUGCGCAUCUCUCCUUAAUGGAACUUGUUUUGCAACUGAAGUCUCUGGCGAUCAAUCAAAAACUUCAGGGACAUGGAAAUGAAGGUACGGAAGAUGCAUCUAGCAUGAGAGACGCUGAACAGAAGAGAGAAUCCUCUUUGGAAUCGGGACACUUUGAAAGGCCAAAGAAAAAGGAAACUAUUUUUGCUAUUGAUGUGGAGAUGCUGAAUAUAUAUGCUGGGGUUGGAGAUGGGGUGGAUGCUAUGAUACAGGUUCAAUCAAUUUUUUCUGAGAAUGCCCGUAUAGGAGUACUUCUUGAAGGACUUAUGCUUGGCUUCAACGGGGCUAGAGUGUUAAAAAGCGGGAGAAUGCAAAUUUCUCGUGUACCUAGUGCCUCUAAUAGUUCCUCUGAUGCCAAGCUCCCGGCAGCCAUCUCAUGGGAUUGGGUGAUUCAAGGGCUUGAUGUUCAUAUUAGCAUGCCAUAUAGGUUGGAGUUGCGUGCCAUUGAUGAUUCGAUUGAAGAUAUGUUGCGAGCCCUGAAGAUUAUUACUGCAGCCAAAACCCAGAUUAUUUUUCCAGUGAAGAAAGAAAGCUCAAAGCCUAAAAGACCCAGUUCAACAAAAUUUGGAUGUGUAAAAUUUUGCAUACGCAAGCUAACUGCUGAUAUUGAGGAAGAACCAAUUCAAGGUUGGCUUGAUAAGCACUACCGUUUGAUGAAAAACGAGGCCUGUGAGCUAGCUAUUAGGUUAAAGUUUCUGGAUGAACUCAUUUCAAAAGAUGACCAUUGUCAUAAAGCUGCUGAAAUGAAUGAUUCCACUGUUGAAAGAAAGGUCAUGUAUAACGGGGUUCAGUUUGAUUUAGAAGAUCCUUCAGCUAUUCAGAAAAUCCAAGAAGAUAUUUACAAGCAAUCAUUUAGAUCAUACUACCAGGCAUGCCAAAAACUAGUACCCUCUGAAGGUUCGGGUGCCUGUAAGGAAGGGUUUCAGUCUGGCUUCAGGAUUAGCACUGGAAGAACUUCACUUAUUUCCAUUUCUGCUACAGAGUUGGAAUUAAGCUUGAGAAAGAUUGAUGGUGGGGAUGAUGGGGUGAUAGAAGUUCUGAAAAAGCUUGAUCCUGUCUGUGGUAAAGAGAAUAUACCAUUUUCCCGACUCUAUGGGAGUAACAUUUGUUUACAAGCAGGCACUCUUGUACUGCAGAUAAGAGAUUUCACCUUUCCUCUUUUUUCUGCUACGGCUGGUAAAUGUGAAGGCUGCAUUGUGCUGGCACAGCAGGCAACGAGCUUCCAGCCUCAAAUUUACCAAGAUGUGUUUGUUGGUAGAUGGAGAAGCGUGCGCAUGCUCCGUUCAGCUAGUGGCACAACUCCUCCUAUGAAAACAUACUUUGAUUUGCCUUUAGUUUUUGAGAAAGGCGAACUUUCUUUUGGAGUAGGUUAUGAACCUUCUUUUGCUGACUUGAGCUAUGCUUUUACUGUUGCUCUUCGUAGGGCUAAUCUAAGUGUCAGAAAUCCUGGUCCACUAGUUCAACCACCAAAAAAGGAACGCAAUUUACCAUGGUGGGAUGAUAUGAGAAAUUACAUUCAUGGAAGUAUCACAUUAGCCUUUUCUGAAACUAGGUGGCAUAUUCUUUCAACAACUGAUCCUUAUGAAAAGCUUGACCAGCUUCAAAUCACAUCUGGCUCGAUGGAAAUCCAGCAGUCAGAUGGCCGCAUUUAUAUGUCUUCAAAGGAUUUUAAGAUUUGGUUGAGCAGUUUGGAGACCUUGGCAAGCAGAUGUGGCUUAAAAAUUCCUCCUAAUGCAUAUGGUUCUUUUCUUGAAGUUCCCGUCUUUACACUGGAAGUCACAAUGGAUUGGGCUUGUGAUUCUGGCUCUCCUAUGAACCAUUAUUUAUUUGCACUUCCCAUCGAAGGGAGGCCUCGUGAAAAAGUUUUUGAUCCUUUCAGAUCCACAUCUCUAUCGCUCCGGUGGCACUUCUCUCUAAGACCCUCAAUUCCCUCAUGUCAGAACCAAUCCUCUUCGUCUUCCAUGGGUGAUAGCUCUGCUGUGGAUGGAACUGUCUAUAAUCCACCUAAUAAGCCUGAAAAUGUUUCAGUUGUUCCUCCAAUGUUGAAUCUGGGUGCUCAUGAUUUAGCAUGGUUAAUUAAGUUCUGGAACUUGAAUUAUCUUCCUCCUCACAAAUUACGUUAUUUCUCCCGAUGGCCUCGUUUCGGAGUUCCCAGAAGUUUGAGAUCAGGUAAUUUGUCACUGGAUAGAGUAAUGACAGAAUUUUAUCUCCGCAUAGAUUCUACACCUACUCGUAUUAAACAUAUGCCACUAGAUGAUGAUGAUCCAGCAAAAGGAUUAACUUUUAAUAUGUCUAAGCUGAAGUAUGAACUCUGUUUCAGCCGGGGUAAGCAAAAAUAUACUUUUGCAUGCAAGCGAGAUACUCUUGAUCUUGUUUACCAGGGUGUUGACCUUCACAUGCCUAAGGCUAUCAUAGACAAAGAAGAUUCUACCAGUGUAGCAAAAUUAGUCCAAAUGACUAGAAAAAGUUGCCAGCCUUCGACUGUUGAAAGGAUUCCCAGUGAAAAGCACAAUAGUAUCAGUGGUUGUACAGAGAAGCACCGGGAUGAUGGAUUUCUUUUGUCAUGUGAUUAUUUCACAAUCAGAAGGCAGGCACCAAAGGCUGACCCUGAAAGUCUUUUGGCAUGGCAAGAGGCUGGGAGAAGAAACCUUGAGAUGACAUAUGUGAGGUCUGAGUUUGAAAAUGGAAGUGAGAGUGAUGAUCACACACGAUCUGAUCCAAGUGAUGAUGAUGGAUAUAAUGUAGUAAUUGCUGACAAUUGUCAGCGAGUUUUUGUUUAUGGUCUCAAGCUUUUAUGGACUAUUGGCAAUAGGGAUGCUGUUUGGUCAUGGGUUGGUGGAAUAUCUAAAGCCUUUGAACCUCCCAAGCCUUCUCCUUCCCGACAGUAUGCACAAAGGAAACUACUUGAGAAUAAACAAUCCCAUGCUGAAAUUGAAGUGGACGAAGACGAUACCUCUAAGCCUCUUUCUACAAGCCUCGGUGCCAAUUCCCCUUCUCAACAUGCAGAAAUUUCAGCAACUCUUUCAUCACCAUCACAUACCGUUGAAAUGGACAAUUCAUUUGCUACACUGGUCAAAAAUGGAAUUAUGGAUGAUUUUGAGGAGGAAGGUACUCGUCACUUCAUGGUGAAUGUUAUUGAGCCACAAUUUAAUCUCCAUUCGGAAGAUGCAAAUGGUAGAUUUUUGCUUGCUGCUGUAAGUGGUCGUGUUUUAGCUCGAUCUUUUAAUUCUAUCCUUCAUGUUGGAUAUGAGAUGAUGGAACAAGCACUAGGCAGUGGAAAUGCACAACUUCCUGAUUGUGUGCCUGAAGUGACAUGGAAGCGCAUGGAAUUCUCUGUAAUGCUGGAGCAUGUGCAGGCUCAUGUUGCACCAACUGAUGUUGAUCCUGGUGCAGGACUGCAGUGGCUUCCAAAAAUCCGAAGAAGCUCUCCAAAAGUGAAGCGUACUGGUGCUCUACUUGAAAGAGUAUUUAUGCCUUGUGAUAUGUACUUCCGGUAUACGAGGCACAAAGGCGGGACUCCAGACUUAAAGGUGAAGCCUCUAAAAGAGCUCACGUUUAAUACCCAAAAUAUUACAGCGACAAUGACAUCUCAGCAGUUUCAGGUUAUGCUAGAUGUGUUGACCAACCUCCUCUUUGCGCGGCUUCCCAAGCCCAGAAAGAGUAGCCUAUCUUUUCCAGCUGAAGACGAUGAAGAUGUCGAAGAGGAGACAGAUGAGAUGGUGCCUGAUGGUGUAGAAGAGGUAGAACUUGCUAGAGUCAACCUUGAACAAAAGGAGCGGGAGCAGAAGUUGCUUCUUGAUGAUAUCAGGAGAUUGUCUAUUUAUGGCGAUUUCUCUGGAGAUACUCAUCUCAGAAAGGAAGGCGAAUUGUGGAUGAUCACCUGUGGAAGAUCCACAUUGGUUCAAGGACUGAAGAGAGAGCUUGUAAAUACCAAAAAGUCUAGGAAAACAGCAUCUGCGUCAUUAAGGAUGGCUCUGCAUAAAGCUGCUCAGUUACGACUGAUGGAGAAGGACAAAAACAAAAGCCCAUCCUAUGCCAUGCGCAUAUCUUUACAAAUUUAUAAAGUUGUUUGGAGCAUGCUUGUAGAUGGUAAAUCUUUUGCCGAGGCUGAGAUAAAUGACAUGAUCUUUGAUUUUGACCGUGACUACAAGGAUGUCGGAAUUGCUCUAUUUACAACAAAAUAUUUUGUUGUCAGAAAUUGCUUACCUAAUGCCAAGUCUGAUAUGGUGUUGUCUGCAUGGAAUCCUCCACCAGAUUGGGGAAAAAAAGUCAUGCUGCGUGUUGAUGCGAAGCAAGGUGUUCCAAGGGAUGGAAAUUCCCGUAUUGAACUUUUCCAGGUGGAGAUUUAUCCUCUCAAGAUUCAUUUGACAGAGACAAUGUACAGAAUGAUGUGGGAGUAUUUCUUUCCAGAAGAAGAACAGGAUUCACAAAGGCGGCAGGAAGCUUGGAAAGUUUCAACAACUUCUGGAGCAAGACGUGUAAAGAAGGGUCCAUCAAUCCAGGAAGCUUCUUCCUCAUAUGGCCAUUCAUCAAAAGAUUCUGAUAUCACAUCUAAAGUAGUUGCUGGUUCUGGCACGGAGUUAAGAAGAACAUCUUCUUUCGACAGAACAUGGGAAGAGUCUCUUGCAGAAUCUGUUGCGACUGAACUUGUCUUGCAGGCUCAUUCAUCAAGCAUUUCUUCUUCAAAAAGUGACCCGUUUGAUGCAAAUGAACAAUUAGAGGACUCCUGUAAAACUAAGUUAAAAGAGUCCAAGCCUGUAAAGUCUGGUCGAUCAUCUCAUGAAGACAAAAAAAUUGGGAAAUCAAAUGAAGAGAAGAGAUCUCGGCCUCGUAAAGUUAUGGAAUUUAACAAUAUUAAGAUCAGUCAGGUUGAGCUGCAAAUUACUUAUGAAAGCUCAAGAUUUAACCUGCAUGAGCUUAAGUUGCUGAUGGAUACAUUUCACCGUGUUGAGUUCACUGGGACUUGGAGGAGGCUUUUCUCACGAGUAAAGAAGCAUGUUGUCUGGGGAACCCUGAAGUCUGUGACAGGAAUGCAGGGUAAGAAAUUUAAAGACAAAGCUCAUAGUCAACGGGAAUCCAAUGGAUCCGGCGUCCCUGAUAUUGACCUUAAUUUUAGCGAUAAUGAUGGAGGUCAGGCGGGGAAAUCUGACCAGUAUCCAAACUGGCUCAAGCGUCCUAGUGAUGGAGCAGGUGAUGGAUUCGUAACAUCCAUACGAGGACUUUUCAAUACGCAACGUCGUAAGGCCAAGGCAUUUGUUCUCCGGACUAUGAGAGGUGAAGCAGAUAAUGAUUUCCAUGGUGAGUGGAGUGAAAGUGAUGUAGAGUUUUCUCCUUUUGCUCGACAGCUCACUAUAACAAAAGCCAAAAGACUUAUCAGGCGACACACAAAGAAACUACGGUCUAGAGGACAGAAAGGUUCAUCCUCGCAACAAAGGGAAUCCCUUCCGUCAUCUCCAAGGGAAACUGCCCCAUUUGAACCAUUUGAAAGUGAUUCUUCUAGUGAAUCGUCUCCUUUUGAGGAUUUUCAUGAGCAACAACUUGAAUUCCAAUCACUAAAAGGAGACUUUUAAAAGCAGCAGGGCUACAUCCAUUAUAGCCACAUCCAAUCAAGAAGCAUUAAUGCAAUUCUCUUUACGUUGGACUGAAAUUUGGAAUCAAUGAUUCAAGAAUUCUAAAAGUUCAGCAGGUUGAAGGACAACUCUACAGCCAUGUGAACCAUGCCAUAUGGUUAUAUGGUGGUGAACUGUCGAAGAAUGGACCAAGACAACAGUUUGAUUUAAAGAGUGUGGUGGUGAAUACAUAAGGUUCAUUCUGUAAUGCCUUUGCUCAAAUUAUGCCUUUUUACCCUGCGAUUAGGCAUCACUGUUGUGUAUAGUUUUUGUAGCCUAUAUUUAGCAUCUGAGUAGAUAUGUGAACACUUCAAAAUAUACAAGCUUCCCACAAAUUUAUAGAAAAGGAAAAGGAAAUGUACAUAUCUUUAACAUACUGGUAAAUAAUGGAAUACGGUGAUCUGCAAAAUGUUUUUCUGUAA